AUGCCAAAUGAAAAACAAACAUUUAGUUCAUUACGAAUGGAUAUUAAGAGUGUAUUAAGGCCGUUUGAUGAUGAACGACAAUAUUUACAAAAACUCCGCCAAUCAUCGACGAUUGAACCCAUUUUACUUCGUCUAUUCGAUUUAUUAAAACCGGAAGAUUAUCGUUUAUUAUUUUCUACAAUUAAUCGACAAAAAUUAGAUUCGAAAUGGUUAGAAACAUUUAGUAAAUUAUGUAUGCAACGUUAUUUAGAUAUUGAUGAUAUCUUUUUUUCGGAUAAAAUUCUUACUAAUCAACUUAAACCAGAAUCAAAUUCAAAAUCAAUUCUUGAAAAUUAUACAAAUUAUCUUAUAGAAAAUUUCAAGAAUUUUUUUACUGUACAUUAUUUUCAUGCUAUUAUACAUGAAUUAGAAGAAUUAAAUCAUUUUAAAACUGAACAAAUCACCAAACAAAUAAAUAAAAAUAAUGAUAUUAUACAAAAACUUUUCUUAUUAUUCAAUAAUAAUCCACAAUUUAAUGAUGAUUCAAUUAUUCAUUUAAGUUCAACACCAGCACAACCUAUCUAUCUUAAUUAUAAAGUUAUACAUAUGGUAUUUUUACGUACAUCUGUUUUAAUUAAAAAUGAUGGUGAUUUACGUUUACCAUUGAAAGGUAUAACAACAGCAUUUGUUGCUGAUUUAAAAACUACAAAAAUAAUUAAUAUACUCGAUGAGACAAAUAAUAAACCUUAUGAUAUACCAUCAAAAUGGCUUUAUUUUGCUAAAGAAUGUGACAAAAAUAUAAUUGUACCAUUAAAAUUACGAGUAUUAAUUAUUGAUUCUCAAACUGGACAAUAUCGUUUUGGUUUAAUUGGUGAAGAACCAGGAAAAAAUAAUAAUUAUCGUUGUUUAAUAUUUUUUACUGAUGAUAAAACAAAUAUAUCAGCGAGUUAUCAUGAUUCAUCAGAUAUUCAUGUUUGUCUUGAUCAAACAUUUGAAUGUGAAAAUGAUUUUUUAAAUUGUUAUUUUAAAUCUUAUCCAGAACGUAUGAUGUUACGUGCUAAAGAAGAUACAAUUGUUAAAAUACGAAAUAUAAAUUCAACUAAUAGAAAUAGUUUUAUACAAGCAACAGUCAUACAAAUUGAUUGUUCAAUGAUGUUAAUUGAAUUAAGUAAUACAAAACAACGUAUUUGGAUUUAUCGUGGUUCAACAUUAAUUGAACAAAUGAAUAAUUAUUAUUUAACACAGAAUAAGGCGGAUACAAAUGGUUUUAGUAGACAUUCAGCGAGACAACAUUUAUCAGCAAAAAGAUCAAAUGCACCGGAAAUUAUUUGUUUAAAUGAUCAAAUGAGAACAAAAAAUGUUCGAACUGCAGAACAAGUUAUUGAUGAUAUAAGACCUUCAAAACGAAAACGAGUAUCAUCUGAACAUGAUUCACAAAAAUCUUUGCCAAUUCAAACGGAAUCUCGUACACUUCGAUCACAUCAACAAAAUAUUAAUUCGACAACGUCAUUAACAGAUAAUGCCAUUACAUCUGUACCUAUACGUUCGAAUCAUAUAAGUACAAAUCCAAAAAUAAUAAUCGAUCCAUUAUUUCUCGAAUUAACAGAAAACUUUCUUUUUCAUUAUUCAAAAGAUUUUAUUCCACAUUAUUGUUCUCAUAAAUGUGUUAUGCAUGCAGAAAAAUUUUUAUAUCAAUUACCGAGAACAAUGAAUCCUUUUUUAAAGCCAAUUGCAUGUCAAUGGACAAUUCUUGAAACUAUACGAAUUAAAAAAGCGAAUGAUGUUCGACUUAAAAAUACACGUUCAAUAUUAAUUUAUCGUGCACCAUGUGGAAGAAAAUUAUUUAAUGAAUCUCAAGUAGAUACUUAUCUACAUGAAACAAAAUCGAAAUUAUCAAUUGAAUUAUUUGUAUUCGAUAGUUCAGUUAAUAUAAGACAAUCCUAUUGUUCCGAUGGUAAAAUUGUAAAAUCUGAUAUAUCAAAUGGACAAGAAAAUGUUCCAAUAUCAGCUGUGAAUGAAGUUGAUAGUGAAGAACCAAGUCCAUUUACUUAUCGUGUUGAACGAACACCUGUUGAAGGUGUUAAUAUGGUUACUAAUGAGCCAACAAUGACAUGUUGUACAUGUACAGAUGGAUGUAGAAAUCGAGCUCAAUGUGCUUGUUGGUUACGCACAUUGAAAUAUGCUGAAUUAAUCGGCGAUGAACGUGUUAAAUCAAUGAAAGCAAAACAUAAAAGUCAAUCUGAAAUUCUCUAUCAAAUUGGUUAUGGUUUUCGACGUUUAUAUAAAAAUGCACCUGGUGGCAUUUAUGAAUGUAAUAGUAAAUGUUCUUGUCAUAGAGAAACAUGUUCAAAUCGAGUUGUUCAAAAUGGUGGUAUUGCACAACUUCAAUUAUUUAAAACUGUUGGCCGUGGUUGGGGUGUACGAACUUUACAUGAUGUGCCAUUAGGAACAUUUGUUAGCGUUUAUUCAGGUGAAAUAUUUACUAGUGAACAAGCGGAUGAAAGAGGAAAAUUAAUUGGUGAUGAAUAUCAAGCAGAUUUGGAUUUUUUUGAAAAUAUUAACGAUGAUUCGGACGAUGAAGACGAUAGUGGUGCAAAUUCAGAUUCAGAUGAUGACGGUGACGAAAAUAAAGCACCUUUGUCAAAUACUGAAUCUAGUAAUCGAUCACGAACUUUACGUCCACGUGAAAUAGUUAAUAAAAAAGAUACAAAAAAAUCAUCGAAAACAAUGCGUAAUAAAACAGAAAUGAAUUCAACAUUAAAUCGUACAAUGUUACCAGAAUAUGAUGGAGUUGUUUAUACACUUGAUGCAAAAUUAGUUGGUAAUAUUGGUCGAUAUUUUAAUCAUUCUUGUUCACCAAACAUUGCUGUACAAAAUGUUUUUGUUGAUACGCAUGAUAUACAUUUUCCUUGGAUUGGAUUUUUUACAAUGAAAACAAUUCGAGCAGGAACAGAAUUAUGCUGGGAUUAUAAUUAUACAGUCGGUGAAAUAGCUGGUCGUCGAAUGGAUUGUAAUUGUGGUGCUUCUGAAUGUCGUCGUCGAGUUCUCUAG